AUGGGGGGCGAGCGGGACAUCGAGCUGGGCCUUCCCACCACCAACACCACAUCAGGCUACACGCGUCAGCACAUUCUCGAAGACAUCCGCCAGUUCUCGACGCUGCUGGGCAGCACGCCCACGAUGCUUCACAAGCUCAAGAAAGCCAACGAGGAGUUGAAAUCGGCCGCUGAAUCUGCUGCAGUGAAAGAAAUCAGGGGGCGCAUGGAGAAAGACAUGGACGAGGCGGCGAAGAUGGCACGGAUCAUGAAAGAGAAGCUAAGCAGAAUCUUCCCAAGGGCACUGAAGAUGAAGCUUAAGGAAAGAAAGAAAGAUCUUAAGAAUCUGGGAAAAGCUAUCCAAGAAGAGUACAUAGAAGUGGUUCAGAGCAGGAUUUUCACAGGUGAGGAACUGAACUUGGUACUCCCAUCUCACUGCCAUGGCACAAAACAUAAGCAGGUGAUUCGCGUGAUCGACACCAGCAGCAUCAUGCAGAUCUUUGAGCACAGAGUUCAUGGAAUAGGUCCAGAGCAGGCCAGCGCCAUAGGGGAGGAAAUCAAGGAGCGGCGUGCUGCAGCCAUGGAUCUCGGCAAGAAGGCUGUUGAGGUGCAAAAGAAUUUCAGGGAGAUGCUGGCGCUUGUCAAGGCGCAGGAGAAAAUAGUCAAGGCACUGAGUCAGGUCGAUCCGUGGCUCCCUUCUCAUUUCGCCUGCCAGUCUCAUUUACCUGAUCGAUAUAUGUUUGUGGAUGUGCCUGGGAGCUAA